GAAACCCCAAACCGCCCCUUUACGUCACCGACCCCCCUUGCCCUUCUCGCAGCUCAGUACAACGUAAAAGGAACGAGCGAUGCUGUGGGAGUCAUAGCCGGCUGAAGCUGCGCGAAGACAAACGCUUCCUUCAUAUUUCGUCAGGCGAUCCCAAAAUACUCCUGUCUGCUAGGCGCGCAUUGGAAUACCAGCACCACCUGCUGUAGGAGAUUGGUGGUUUCAGUGAUUGUAGUGACCAACCCGAGGACCGCGAACUAUGGCUGGGGACAAGCGACAUGACAUGUCCUCCUUUCACCAUAUUGUCCUCCUUGCAGCGGAUAACACGGAGUUCUCCGAGUAUGCGUUUAACUGGUACAAGGAUUACAUUCACCGACCUGAGAACUUUGUCAUCAUUCUGCACUGCACCGACCAUCAGGCGGAGGACUUUCGUGAUGCAAGUUCCAAGAAUGCAAGUGGAAAGAAGGGUCCAGGCCGAACCGCCAAGAUGUUCAAGGAAUACACUGAGGCACUGCGCUGUAUAGAGGAGAAGUUUGGAACACUGAUGGCCAAUGCGGGGAUGCACGGUAAAAUCCGGAAGGGGAACGGCAAGCCGGGCGAAGCCAUCAUCCAAGCGGCUGCGGAGGAGGGGGCGAGCAUGAUCGUCACGGGGACCCGGGGAUUGAGUAAACUCAAGCGAACAUUCCUCGGCAGCGUCAGUGACUACGUGGCCCACCACUCUCCCGUCCCCGUCAUCAUCUGCAGGCGGAAUGAAAGGAGUACAUGAACACCUGUCAAUCAACGCGGCACGUGGUUGUACAUUUCUGUGCCCAUAACGGUGACAUAUAUAUAUACACUAAGCCUUUACGGAUGAAAGGAUAAAUGACAUAUUUGUGAACCCCAAAGAAAGUGAUGACAUUUGUGGACGUCGUCGAUGACGUCGACGUCGUCCACGCUGACACGGAACGUCGUUGACGUCAACACCAAGUUGUUCAGUGCAACAGCCAACCGUCGUUGUCUCCUCCACAAAACAAAAAACUUGUAAAAUAGUUUCCAUACAUAUUAAUUAAUGUAACGUCGUAGUUUUAGAACCCGGUAGUUAGCCGUCAAUCACCUCGUAAUUCAGCCCACAUACCGUCUACAGACAGGAUGGACAUUGCUAUUCUUUGUGAUAUGCUCCCACUAUACCGCUGAAGGAUGCGGCCAUACGUUGGAUAUGUCGCUUUAUAUAUGGUUGUUGUUUCUAUACUUGUGUCAGCAUCCCUCAUUCAUCAUGUCUGAUAAUUACCUUUGUUUGUUGUACAUGAAAUUGUAUUCCAACUUUCAAUAUUCUAAAGAAUAGAUCAGAAAAAAAACAUCACGAUUGAUUUCGUAAAGUGCAAUUAUUGAAAGAGAAUUUUUUUUAAAUUAUCAAUAUUCUCAACUGUCAACAUGACACUUUUAAACCUGAAAUAUAAAAGUGUAUGUGUGAAAUGUGGAUUCGGAUACACGAAGUAUAAAAAAUUGCAAAGGUGGUUAAAUUUGGAUCAUAUUUGAAGCGCCCAUAAAAUAUUUACCGCCGUGUUGCUAUGCGUGUUGUUGACAGAAUAACCUAUUGUCGACGUUCUAGAUUAUAUUUUCAAAAAUUAUAUCAUAUGUUGCUAUUAUCGUAUGAAAUACCGCACUACACACAUACAGAUUAAAGUUUAACUUGAAAGCCUGAAAACAAACCACAAUGAUAUAACCGAGCAAUUCUGUGUAAUGUAUUUUAUGAACAGUCGAUAAAUAUAGUCUAUGACACCACUGUCAAAAGAUAAGUUAUCUACUAUGCAUGCCCUUGCCAAUUUGUAAUUUAUAAAUGGUUGUAGACAAUGGAACCCCGUUAAUCCGGACGAUACGGUUUUAUUUAAAUUAUCCACAUUAACGAAUUGUAUCUUGAGCAUAUUUAACGAUCGCAACAGAAAAUAAAUGUCCGGGAUAACGAGGUUUGACUAUACCUCAAUGUUCAGCGGUGUGAUAGUAAAAUCCUGAUUUACUUUUAAGGAAUAUUUGUUUUAUAAGUUUCUGUGUUUGAUUCUGCAUUGUCCGCUAUCUAUAGUAUUUAAUAACCCCAUAUACAUCACUAGGGAUAAUCUGUGUGUCCAGCAACGCACUGCUCCAUUUAAAGGGGGACGAGACUCGAGUGAACUUCACGUCAAAAGGUUUGAUGUCAAUCAAAACCCAAUUUGGCUGAUUGUUUAUCUAAAUUAUAUGAUACGUGAUUCUCGCAGUUAUUGACCCAUAAAGUGCCUCAGCUGCACUCGAGUAUAGUAGUCUUACAUUGCCUAGACUUAAACUGGGCAUGGGAAAAAUCCUGGAGCGAAGUCCCCCUUUAAGGCAGCUCCCUCGUGUACAAACCUGUCUAUCUGAAUCAAGUGUUGACCUAGCUGUGUAACUAUUUGUUUUGUAUUUAGUCACGUUCUAGGUAUAAAACUUCAUACCCUGCGA